UAAGACUGUAUGUGAAAAGUGGUAGUUGUUCUGAAGUUAUAUAGUCUGACGAUACUACAGAAAGAGUUAAAUUGAUUAUUGAUAACAAAUCUCUGUUCUCAACACGGAGUGGGCCGCUCUACAUGUGUUUCCUGUACCCGGCACCUUCACUGUUACAGAUAUGAGUAACCUGCCAGAUGUCGACAAGUGGGGAUAUGUUGUUUGUUUUGGUACCGUCAUAACAUUUAUUGCUGGGAUAGGUCACGUGAAUUCGUUCGGUUUAAUUUACAAUGACUUUAUUAUCGACACAAAUUCAACCGCAAAAUCUCUAACUACCGCCCAUGGACUAUUUGCAAUCAUGUUGGCUGUUGGAGGAAUUCUGCUGAACAUUAUAGCCAAGCAUAUAUCACUUAAAUCAGGCGGAUUAACAGGAGCUGCACUAUUCAUAACUGGUGCAUUUACAACGAUUCUAAUAACAAACGCAAACCAAUUGCCCAUUACGUUUGGCAUCCUUCAGGGAAUAGGAUUUGGGAUGAUGGUACCUGUUUGUUUUUCAUCUAUAAAUUUCUACUUUGUGAGAAAGCGAACAUUUGCCAUGAGCCUCGUCAAAGCAAUACAAGGAAUUAUAGUAAUGUGGUAUCCGCAGCUAUUGAGAGUGAUCGUGUCUUUCUAUGGUUUUAGAGGAGUAUUAAUCAUUCUAAGUGGAAUUUCACUCCACACGAUUCCCGGAAUGUUGACAAUGGAGUGCGGAAAUAAGACAACGAAAAUACAUUUAAACAAAAUAGCAAAAUUGGGAGAUUUAGAGAAUGGAGAUAAAAGUGAAGAAACAAAUGAUUUAUUGGAAUCGAAGAAAGCCAAAGAAAACGACAGUAGGGCUAAAAGAGUUUGGAACGAUAUCACAGAGACAUUAAAUGUGCGAAUUCUGAACGAUCUUAUCUACUGCAACAUUUGUUUUGGACAAAGCUUUGUUAAUUUUUCGGAUUUAACAUUUUUUAUUUUACAACCAAUGCUGCUUUUUCAACACGGAUUUGAUAAGAACGAAGUUGCGACGAUAAUAUCAGUGGGAGCCGGUGCUGACGUCACUGGACGAUUUGCCCUCGCGUUUAUCAGCAAUUCAAUACAUGUCAAUACAAGAUUGCUCUACUUUGCUGCUACAGUCCUCACACUUGUUGCUCGGAUUGUGUUCAUCAAAGUGCAGGCGUUCAUUUGGAUCGCAGUUAUAACGGGUAUCCUUGGAGCGUUGCGGUCCUGUAUUCACGUUACCAGCUCCUUGGUGAUAUCCAAUCAUGUCUCGGCGGCAGAUUUCCCCGGAGCCUACGCAUUGUUCAUGCUGUCUACUGGAAUAGUCAAUGUUUUCACCGCGCCACUCAUUGGUGCUCUAAAGGACAUUUACGAAGAUUACGUCCCUUCAUUCUACGCGUUACUCGCUUGCUGUUUGCCAUGUCUUGUGUUGUGGCCCUUGGAGUACAUUUUAGUAAAAAAGUAAUUUGCAUUUGAAAAAAAGGACCAUAAUUUUUAAUACUUCGGGAAAUCUUUAAAGUUUAAAGGAACCGAUGGAUAUGUUUUAAUGUGAUACAGUUUGUAUUAAGACGAUACGACAUGGGUACCUUCAAAAAAAGCGCGUACACCUUCCUUAAAGGGCUGGCAACGCUUCUGUGAUUCCUCUGGUGUUGCAAGAGAUUGUGGGCGGCGGUGAUCACUUAACAACAGGUGACCCAUACGCUCGUUUGUCCUCCUAUUUCAUAAAAAAAAAGAUAGUUUCGGCUUUGCAAAUAAACUUGUUAUAAAGCUAUAUCUGAGAAUAAACCAAGAAUAUGCAACAUUGAUUAUAUCGCUGGCAACACUGUCAAUACAAUGAUAAUUCUGAAGUUUGUCCGAAUGUCAGGCAGCCUUGCAAAUAAACGCGGGAAACGUUAUACGUCCGAAUAAACCAAGCAAUACAAGCAAAAUGUCUAUUUGUAAACAUUUUCCAUAUUCUUGGUGUAUUCUAAGGUAUAACUUUAUACGAAGUUUAAUUGUAACGCCGUUUAAGUUUAAGCACUUAUUAUAUUAUAAGGUGAGCUAAUAUUUACAGUAUUCUCUUAAACUGCAUAGUCAUAUCAAUAUUGUCUUGUGAAAGUCACAAUUUAUACACAAGUUUGAACUAUCUUAAUUUUCAAAAAGCUUUCCCCGACACAGCCGUUGUAACAAAGCUACAACGAACUUAUAAACGGCAUGAAUAAUACCAGUAUAGUUUUGACCUUAUUGUGAAGGAUUUUCUCUUUUUAGCACUUGAUUAAAUAAAUAAUUACUUGAUAUUUUGUUAUUAAGAUCAUGUACGCGGUAUAACUGUAUAUUACUAAUUAUAUUUAUAAUAAUCAAUAUAAUAAAAUGUAAUGAAUAUUUAAGAUAU